UUGUUCAUAUAAAUAAAACGGCAAUAUGCGUUUCAGAGGGAAAGAUCAAGAGGGCAAGAAGAAGGAGAGCUGGAACACCUCUCUCUCUAUCUCUGAGCUAUCUUAUCUCCAAAAUCAGAGAGGCUCGAGCUGGGGAUUUUUGUGAUUCUUAAGAAUAACACAACUCUAGGACACUGCUUUUACCUGGUAAAAUAUUGAAAGGUGGACAUCAAGCAUGAAGCCUACGAAGUGAAGAGGUAUCAAACUUUUCUGUCAAAGAACAUUGGGUAUAUUUGCGGAAAGGCAUUUGGCACUUCUUGAGAUUAUUCAUUGAAGUGGUUAUUUUUCCAUGGAAACUUCGGAGAAACAUUCAUAUGGGUCUGGAAGGUUCUAUGUUGGGCACCAAGACUACAACUCAUCCGAUAACACCAGCCAAGUGACUACUUACUCUUCAGUUCAGACUUUAGAGCAGCAUUACACCCUAGAAUCUUCCUCAAGAACAAACAGUUUCCCAAACCAUAAUAAUUCUCCAUCUACUGCCAAUUUCUCACCUAAUGACAGCCCUGCGUCACAGCUGGAGUCAAAUUCUUAUGCCCUAAAGUCUCAACACUCACUUGAUAUCAUCAAUGGCUCGCUAGAGAAUGAAUCUUGCUUGACAAAUGACCUUGAUGACUUGAGCCACAAGAUAAGAGAGCUCGAAACUGCUAUGUUGGGACUUGAUACAGAAAUUCUUGGGAUGUAUGAUACUGUAGUUCCUGUGGAAUCUAAUCAGAUUUUGUCAGAGGCAGAGAAGUGGAAGCUAACAAUGGAGAUAGUAUGCAGAGGGGAUUUGAAAGAAAUGCUUUAUGCUUGCGCAAAAGCGAUGGAUUCAAAUGAUACAGAGACAACUGAGUUGUUGAUGUCUGAGAUUCGGAAAAUGGUGUCCAUUUCAGGUAGCCCAGUCCAACGAAUAGGAGCUUAUAUGUUGGAGUCUCUUGUGGCAAGGAUGGCCAGUUCUGGGAGCGCAAUCUACAAGGCUUUAAAAUGCAAGGAGCCUACCGGUAAUGAACUCCUUUCUUACAUGCACUUGCUUUAUGAAAUCUGCCCAUACUUCAAGUUUGGGUAUUUAUCAGCAAAUGGGGCAAUUGCCGAAGCCAUGAAGGAAGAAAAUAGGAUCCAUAUCAUUGAUUUUCAGAUUAACCAGGGCGGCCAGUGGAUAAGCCUAAUUCAAGCUCUUGCUGGACGACCAGGAGGGCCCCCAGAGCUCAGAAUUACUGGUUUUGAUGACUCUACUUCAAAUUUUGCUCGUGGAGGGGGUCUCAAUAUCGUGGGGAACAGACUAUCAAGACUUGCACAAUCAUGUCAGGUUCCCUUUGAGUUCCAUGCUGGUGGAGUUGCUCCUUCCAAGGUGCAACUCAAAGAUCUUGAUCUUCGACCAGGUGAAGCUGUUGCUGUAAAUUUUGCCAUGAUGUUGCACCAUAUACCGGACGAAAGCGUGGAUAGUCAGAAUCCCCGUGACCAGUUGUUGAGAUUGGCAAAGUACUUGUGCCCCAAAGUGGUGACUCUCGUGGAGCAGGAAUCCAACACCAACACUGUCCCAUUCUUCCCCCGUUUCGUUGAGACAAUGAACUAUUAUUUGCCUAUUUUCGAGUCAAUUGAUAUAGUUCUGCCAAGGGAGCACAAGGAGAGGAUCAAUGUGGAACAACACUGUCUGGCACGAGAACUUGUCAACUUAGUUGCAUGUGAAGGUGCAGAAAGGGUGGAACGCCACGAGCCUCUAACGAUGUGGAGGUCACGCUUUGCCAUGGCUGGAUUUAAGCCGUAUCCAUUGAGCUCCUUUGUGAAUUCUACCAUCAAGAAUCUGCUGGAGAACUACUGUGGAAAUUAUACUCUAGAAGAGAGAGAUGGUGCACUAUACCUUGGUUGGAUGAAUCAACCUCUUAUUGCCUCUUGUGCUUGGAGAUAAAAAUCCCCCAGAGCUGGAAAUUGAUUCAAUUUUGCUAUUGAGGGCUUUUAGUGAGGCUUUUAUAUCAGAAAUAUCAGUUUCAGCAAGGAAGGAAGAAGGCUGGAUUAUAUGAAUUUAUCUAGGUUUGCGGCUUGGGCCAAAGCCUAAGCGCAUAUUUGAUAUAUGGAAAUGUGUUUUUUAUAAAGGAAAAGAAAAAUGUAUGUGAAAGACAAUAGGAUGUGUGCAUUUUUCAUUUUCUUUCUAGAAAACACUUUUUCAUGUACCAAGCAUGUGCUAAUAGUCUUUAGCUGUUGGGCUUAAGCUUACCUUGACUUAGACUCAUAAUUAAAGACCUAGUAUGUCCUAAGCACAAGUUUGAGCUCGAUACACAUUUUUGUAUAAAAUUCUGUCAGUUUUUAAGGGGGGAAAAUGUUAAUUGCUCUUCUAAUAAUAAAUAAGUUCUAUGUUUAUA